AUGGGCAUUCGACCAAGUCAUGCCGAACACAAUCCAUUGAGACAAGUCGACUCCGAGCCGCAUCACCAUUAUCCCAGGCACUCGCUUAGAUUCGGCAUGUGGCAGAAGAUCCAGCAUUUCUUUGCCAAAGAUGACGCCACUCAAAGCCCGAUCGAGUGCUCCGACGACGAGCAGUGGCCUCAGACCUGGGCCGAUAGACAGAAUUCUCCCAAACACGAUCCCUUAACCAGGCCGCUCGCCGUUGGUCUCCCUCGGCAGGCGACAUUCCGACGUCAGAAUUCAGAGAGGCGAGAUCGAUUGUUCCCCAUUCAGCCUUGUCAUGCUGAGAGGAGGGCCGUCUCCUCUACCAGGCACGCCUCUAUAAGCUUGCCCAGACGACGAGCGACCUCUUCACCACCCGAAUGGGAUUCGGCUCGGAUCUCUGCACCCGCAGUGACUGGAGCCCACACGGCGGAUGCCGCCACGGGCCAUUCUCCCAUCGAAACCUUUCCACUAUCCCCGGAUUCGACGUACCCCGAUCCGACCGAGGACCUCUGGUCUCAGGACGACGACCGACCUCCUCGACCCCCUUCGAGAACUUCUUCUGAUGACUCGCACUAUCCCCAAAUGCCUAUAGCCGACGACAAGGCAGAAUUGAGGGACGAACUCGACCACCGAUGGAUCCUCAACCUCAGCAUGCAUUUCCGGGACAAGUCAGACCGUGAAAAGUUCUUCGUCACCUAUGCGCAGACUCCGAACUUUUGGCGGCGUGUGACGAUUUCAUGUGACUAUCGCAAUGCUGAGCCCGGUUCUCUGGAGAUGGACCUCAAGGAACUCCAGUUCCAGCGGGAUAAGAGCAUGCAAAUAUAUGAGUCCAUCCGUGAUUCACUGCCUGAGAUCCAGUUCUACGAUACUGUUACUAACCUCAAGUUGGAAACUACUGAUGGUCGUCUCCAUGUCCAUGUGACUGAGGAUGUCAACGAGAUCAUUCCAUAUCCCCCUAAAACUACUCUUUCCCAUAUACUCAACGAUGAAGCCUUCCGACCUAUGCAAAUCCGAGAAAGUGAGCUAACCUUCGACUCGCACCUUUCCGGCUUUGUUUACAAGGUUAUACACAAGGGUACCGUCUACAUCAAGAAAGAAAUUCCUGGUCCAGACACAGUGGACGAAUUUUUGUAUGAAAUCAAUGCCCUGCAUGCUCUGCAUGAUUCCGAUCAUGUCAUCAAGCUCGAAGCUAUCAUCCUUGAUGACUCAGAAACCGUUGUCAAAGGGCUUUUGAUCGGCUUUGCGGAAAGGGGCGCUAUUGUGGAUCUCCUUUACGACCACAGAGGCGCAAUCGCUUGGGAGGAUCGUUGCAGGUGGGCGGAGCAGGCGGUUCGUGGCCUUAAGGAAAUACAUCAAGAGGGCUACGUUCAGGGCGAUUUUACACUUUCUAACAUUGUUGUCGACGGCGAUGGAAACGCUAAGAUCAUCGAUAUCAACCGGCGAGGCUGUCCUGUGGGAUGGGAGCCCCCGGAGAUUGCCACCAAGAUUGCCAGCAACCAGCGGAUUUCCAUGUAUAUCGGCGAAAAAUCAGACAUUUAUCAGCUCGGGAUGACUUUGUGGGCAUUGGCAAUGGAUGACGAUGAACCAGAACGACAUGUGCCACCUUUGAGUAUUGAAGAAUUCCCUUCGGACGUCCCCGACUGGUAUCAAGAUAUUGUUCGGAUCUGCUUGUCCUCUCGUCCAAGAGAUCGAUUAUCCGCCAAAGAACUCGUCGAAUUGUUUCCCUCGAGAAUCUCCAACUCAUCUGAACAGAUCCCGCCACAUCAAAGGCCAGCCCUGAAACUGCGUACAAUGAAGAAAUAUAUUGACCCAGCGGAUGCGGUCGAGCGAGACGAUAUUCUACGGCUGAGCUCAAAUAUACAAGAGCACGAGGCGCCUCCAUAUUCGCCGGAGAGCUCAAGAGAUGACUAUACAUUCACGUAUCCGAAGUCGUCUAACUAUGAGUUCGAGAGUGUAACCUCGGGCUAUGACCGACCCAGAGGCAGAAGACCACCUACUAAUUAUGCGCAUCUUGGUAAGAAUGAGACACACCAUUGGGAAUCUGAGGAUGAAGGCCCCACUCCAACUGAGAACUUGGAACCGAAUAUUGUGGCUAUAACUCCGGGAAUGGACCGAGAAUUUGAUGAGCUCGAAUUGGACGGUCACCCUUAUCUGGUUUCCCGCCGCACCUUCAAUGACGAAGAACUGAAGAUCUUGGAGGGCCCUUCACGAGCGGAGAGUAGCUCUCCAGACCGAGAGCCCCAACCUGAGAAUCGCGCGACUGAAGCGACCAGCUUUGCUGACAUCUUCCACCCACUUCCAAUCCGACGCCCUUCGCUUCUGGCUGCAACCUCUGCCACUUCUGAAAGCACGCCUCGGAAUAGUCAGGAUAUUCUCGCAACUCUAAACCAGUGCCGGACUGGACAUUCCGAAUGCCAGGAAAGUUCGACCGAGAAGGCUGACAGCGGAUCUAAGAGGUUAACGAUCAAUGCCGAGAACAUGGGAGAUGCAGCUGAGGAACACCUUAAGAGUCUGGCUCGAAGAUCGUGUGAAAUGACGCAGAUUCUCGAGGAUGAGAACGAAUAUCCAGCAAACCUAAUGCGGUACCGGCAGCAUCUCACUCAGAACCGUGGGAUUUUCCCUGAAGAUAUGGAAAAUCCAAUGCACAUCAUGGAAAAUUCGGCUCUUACUAUAGAGCACUUGACGGAGGAUUCGAGCGAAUCGACAGACCACUUGGAUCACUCUACGAAGCCCUUGGAGACCUCGACGAAUGGUUCGGACAACAUAGUGGACGCGAGCAAAAAUAUUUCGAAGCUACCUGGACAACUUGAAAGCGCCUUCGAAAUCCCAAAUAUCGAAACCAAGAAUACACAGCAGAUGCCCGGAAUGGUGGAAAGCAGCCCUCAGGAUCUGGACUGCCUUACAGAUUCACUGCAGAUGACGCUCGAGGAAGUGGGAAAGACACCCGAAGACUCGGAGGAUACUAUCCAAAGGCUAUCGGAAGAGGUGGAUUGCCUCGGUCUGAGCAGUAACCACUUGACUCCUCACAAAGAUCAUCUCGUCACAGUGGAGGAGGAUCCGGACUCCAUGACACCUAUUCGCGGGGACACUAUGCCUCAACAACCAAUAGACCAAUCUUCCGAAAAGGCCACGGGCAAACCUCCUAGCCUUCCUUUCAUGGACAGUGGCUAUGAUGAAUCGCUCGCGGUGCUUGCUGACGAUUCGGGCCUUUCUCCUAUACCACCUGCCCCUCAGGACGAUCAUUUGUCACAGACACCAGACAAAAUACCCGAGCCAGAGGACAAAUACCCUGCCGCUGACCACCCUCCGCUUGGCGAAGAGACCCCACGCGUCUGUGAACAACAAAAAGCUGCUCUAUUAUUCGCAUGGUUCGGGAACGACGCUUGUAAUCUGGGAGAACCCGGCGUCCCUGUUUCGUUGAGAGAUGCGGCAGUGAAAGACCUAAAAACUGCUACACCGCAACAGAACGAGCCGCUUGUCAAGGCCAAGUCGGACGACCUGACACAAACAGGGGUAUCGAAGGAAUAA